UAGUCCCAAUCAAGCCCACAUGCGAGCUCUGUCCAAAGUCGCUUCCAACCACUGACUGCAGAGUCCAAAAAAACCCUGGGGCACAUCGCCAACCACGAGCACCACAAGUGCCGGGCCUCACAACGGCGACAACCCACGACCAUUGUGCCACCACAACCCCAGCACCGGCUCUGGCAGCGACUCAGCACUCCGCCAGCAUGCAGAAGAUCAUCCGGCGGGUGGCUACCACGGAGCGCGUGGCCGCCAAGCGCGCAAAGAAGAUCAAGUACUACAAGCAACAGGCCGACAAAGACGAGUCAAACAGCACAUUCCUCGCCCAACGACGAGCGAUCCGCGACGACAUCAGCCUCGCAAAGUCCGCAUACAAGGAUGACUGGAAGUUGGGGCCUCUGGCUCCCCGGAUCAAUCAUGGCGAGACCGGAGACAACCAUGGCGCCGUCAACGAGGCUCGCUUCAUGACCUCUAGCGCCGAACUCAUGUCCAAGGAGCAGCUGGCAGAGCGCUGCAAGUGGGCCGGUCGUCUCAACAGGCUCAACAUUGCCCAAGGCGAUCGUGUUGUCGUCCUCGAGGGCCCAGACAAAGGCCGCAUCGGCAAGAUCUCCGACAUUGACCUCGACAAGGCCAUGGUAACUGUCGAGGGUCUCAACAAGAGCAAUGUUCGUGCUCCAUCCCACAUGCAAGCCCCCGGCCAGCCGGCAAACUACACCCUAGAGUUCCCAUUACCCAUAUCGUCAGUCCGCCUCGUCUACCCGGUCCAGAACCCCACGACAGGCAUCACCAAGGACGUCAUCAUCAACCAGCUCGUGGCCACCGAGUACGUGCGGGACCGGGUGACGGGCAAGGAGCGGUGGACUCGCACCAUCCCGGGGCUCAGCAUGGCCAUCCCGUGGCCAGAGAAGCCCCCCAAGGAGGUCAAGGAGCACCCGGCCGACACACUGCGCAUCCGCGUCGAGCAGCGCACGUUCAUCCCGACGCUGCUGCGCCCGCCGAUGCCCGAGUCCGUCCUCGACGAGCUGCGCGGCAAGUACUCGCGCUUCCGCACGCGGCACGAGCCAGAGUACAUUGCGGCUAAGGAGGCCGAGGCGCAGGCCGCCAAGGAGCGCAACGCAACCCUCAUGGACAGCAUCCGCACCCCGCUGCAGGAGCUGCACCGCCACGAGCGCGCCGAGAAGAAGAAGAAGGGCAAGCCGAGGUUGACACUCGAGAUGCUCGAGGAGAUUGGCAAGGUCAUUGCCAAGAACCGCGAGAGGACACUCAACGCGGCUGCCAUGUCGUCCGUCGAGCCUGUGCCGGCCACGGCAGCGACCGAGGUGGCCACACCACCACCAUCAGAAGAUGCGGUAGCAGAGAAAGAUUCAGAAGCUCCCACACAGCCGCCAGCGCCGUCGUCCUAGAGAAGGGACAAAGCGUGGAAGGCACGGCGGAAGCUAGACUCCCCAGGCAGAACAGGGGUGUAGUUGUAGAGUUGUACUGUAUGAACAAAAAUUCCGAGAGACUCUCGACAGGCAAGCAGGGCGGGACAAAUAUCUGCAUGUAUGUAUAAAUAUAUGAAAACAAAUGUAUACAAAACAUAUACACACACGACCCGGUCGGGGUCGUGUAAAUAUUAGCCUUGAUCAAUGUGUCU